UCCAAAAGAAAGAAAAAAGAGAAAAAACCCCGCGCCCCUCCCUCAAUAACUCAUCUCCGAAAACCCUACUCUGUCGGCGGCGAUGGCGAAGUCGGCGGCGGCGGCGGAGGCAGCACCUGAGACAGUGGGGCAAGCAGUGAUCCCGCUAGUCAACAGCCUGCAGGACAUCAUCGCACGGCUGGACGGCGACGCCGCCGCCGGCCUGGAGCUGCCACAGGUGGCGGCGAUCGGCGGGCAGAGCAGCGGCAAGUCCAGCGUGCUGGAGGCUCUCGUCGGCCGCGACUUCCUCCCGCGGGGCCCCGACAUCUGCACGCGCCGUCCUCUCGUGCUCCAGCUUGUGCGCCACUCGGCUCCCGAGGAAUGGGGGGAGUUCCUCCACGCCCCCGGCUGCCGGUUCCACGAUUUCGAACAGAUCAAGCGCGAGAUCCAGCUUGAAACGGACAAAGAAGCUGGAGACAACAAAGGUGUUUCUGAGAAACAAAUUCGUUUGAAAAUCUUUUCACCAAAUGUCCUAGACAUCACCUUGGUUGAUCUUCCUGGAAUAACACGGGUGCCAGUUGGAGACCAGCCUAGUGAUAUUGAGUCAAGAAUAAGGACAAUGAUCAUGCAAUACAUUAAGCAUCCAAGUUGUAUUAUCUUGGCUGUCUCCCCAGCAAAUGCAGAUUUAGCUAAUUCUGAUGCACUCCAACUGGCAAGGCUUGCUGAUCCUGAUGGGUCUCGUACAAUUGGUGUUAUCACCAAGAUAUCAUGGACAGGGGCACUGAUGCUCGUAACUUCUUACUGGGAAAUGUGAUCCCACUCAAGCUUGGUUAUGUAGGUCUUGUAAAUCGCAGCCAGGAGGAUAUCAACUUUAACCGAAGCGUCAAAGAUGCACUUGCUUUUGAGGAGAAGUUCUUCUCGACUCUACCUGCUUAUCAUGGUCUUGCACAUUGUUGUGGUGUUCCUCAAUUGGCCAAGAAACUAAAUAUGAUUCUACUAAAGCAUAUCACAGAUAUGCUUCCAGGCUUGAAAACUCGCAUCAAUGCUCAGUUGGUAGCAGUUGCGAAGGAACAUGCUGUCUAUGGUGAUACUGUAGAAUCAGCGGCUGGUCAGGGAGUUAAACUAUUGAAUAUAUUGAGAAAAUAUUGUGAAGCUUUUUCUUCCAUGGUGGAGG